UCUUCUUUUUUUUUUGGGACCAAAGCCUGUAAACACCAGGCCAGGAACCACAGUUUUACAUUAUUUCCGUCCAAGUGUCAUCUAAUUGCUUUCAGUUUGAUGCUUGUCGGAAUUUUAUGAUGUUCGGGUUAUCUUUUUCUUUUGUUUAAAGCAAUUUGUGUUUAGUUUUUUUUUUGGGUGUUUCUUCGAUCUGCUUUUCUCGGUUUCACCUUAUUCUCUGUUCUGUUCUUUGUUGUUUGGAUUUCAGAUCUGGCUUUGUAUUUUAUUUUUAAUUUCUUGUCUGCGUCAAAAGGGUUUCCCCUACAACUUUGGGAAUCUAUUUUGCGAAUGUUGAAUGCUUGCAAUGAAAUAUAGAUUUUGAGCAUCAGGGGACAGUGUUGUGAAUGCUCUAGGGGAUGUUUUCUGCAGUUAGGAAUUUUGAUAGUUUAUGUUGUGACAACCUAAAGAUUCGUUCCAUGUCUCGAGUGUCGGAUACAGCUCGUUGAAGUUACUGGGAAUUUGCUCAUUCCUGUUCUCUGUUACAGUGAAAAUUUGUGAUUUUGGUUUGUGUGUGUGUGUUUGAGAAUUCCUUAGUGUUCCUUAUUUUAUGCAAGCCUCUUUUUUUUUACCUUUGACAUUUUUCUGGUUAACCGGACAUCGUAUCUACUUAAUGGCACUCGCUGACUUUUUGGUUCUUUUUUUUGGUGUCAGUGUCUUUGAACGCUAUCUCCUCGUCAUGGUGGCCAGCUCUGCUACGACGUCAAUAUUCUUUCCUGAACCAUCUGCCUCGCUUGAUCCUAAUGGAAAUGAUAUAUGGGAUGGGAUCAAAAGACAUAGGAAGAAAACGAAGGAGACAGAUAUGGAUCUUCCAGAGGAAAUAGUGAUGAACAUAAUGGCGAGAUUACGGCCGCAAAGUGUCGUUAGAUUCAAGUUAGUGUGUAGAGAAUGGAAAUCGCUUACGGAAUCUGCAUUCUUCCGCGAUCUCUACCAUAUCAACUUCAGAUCAACCUCUUGUUCUAAUUGGUCGAUCCUUCACGGAGAUCAUAGAUCGGUACAUUCUAGUUUGGAGGAGGUGAAACUCGAUCUACCACGUGAGUCAUCGCAUGAGGAGGAGGACAUGAUGAUGAUGAUACGUAACUACAUUGGGAAUCCAGUGCUGCCACAAUGGAUUCAACUCCCUCCUCCUUCUCGGGAUUGUGGCUUCUACGAUUCGGGACUUGUGACGCGAAUGCACAAUGGUGCCCUCUUAGGUUACAAGGUGGUUCGGAUACAUAUCGAUGCUCUAAAAUUGGGUUAUUUCCUAACAUGGAAAAUUGAGAUUUUUUCAUCGGAUACGGGUGAAUGGAGUGUUAAACAAGUCUCUUGUCCUGGUCAUGGUGUUUCCAUGGUCAAUAUAUCCAAUCCCGUUUCUUUGGAUGGGAAACUUCACUGGCUUGAUAACUCCCGCCGUAUUAUUGUCCAUGAUUUCUUCUCUCAUGAUGAUGAAGUUCGAGCCAUAUACCUACCCACCAGGAUGCAAGGCACUCGGUGGCUUCCACCUGAAUCCCCAUGCGGUAUAGGUUUUUGCCCCUCUCCAUGCGGUAGGAUGAUCUGCACCACCUCGCAGGGAUAUUUUGUGCUUAUUGAUGUUGGAUUGAUAGAGGAGGUCAAGAGUUAUAACGUUAGGGUUUGGAGGCUCAAGUGUGAUUCCUGGAGCUGGGAAAAGGCAUGGGAAAUCAACAUGGCUUGUCUAGGGCUUGGCCGUUACUGUGUUCCAAUGGCAGUCAACUAUUUUGAUAUCGACAUCAUCUACCUAUGGGACUUAGACCGCAAAUGUUUCCUCGCUUGUAAUCUUCGGACAAAUGAAAAAUCUUACGGAACUCAUAAAGAUGGUGUCUUCAAGCACCGCACUUCUAACCCUUUUUCAAAAGAUUGUGUCGUAUACAAGGAAGAUACUUUCUGCUUCGAGCCACGUUCGUGCCUUUCGCAGUUUGUUCCCUCCUUGCAAGUCGUGCCUACAUAUAUAGGAACUCAAGAUGAUAACAUAUGUCGAAUCUAAUUUUCGUGCUCUGUGUUAUUUCUAUCAUUUUGUUUUCUGCUCCUCGGAAAAGGUGUCUCUCAUGUUUUCAACUUAUUUUGUUGCUUUCUUGCUUUUUGUUUAUUUCACCUAGCGCUACUCACUAAUUUAUAUUCCUACAUAAAGAUUGUUUUACUCGUUUUUGUA